CGCUCGGUCCAUGAUGCCUUGCGGUGUCCCGGUCCCGUUCACCACUGUAUUCACUCGAGUCAGAUCCGCUGCUGAUGUAACGGGUCAACUUCAACGCGUGCACCUCUCCUGACAAAACCGGACCUUAUAUAAUCUCACCAAAUAAGAGGAGUUUUAAGGAAAAUCUGAGAGGAUAAAUAACAAAUCAUGAAGAUAAAUCUCGGGUUUGAUCUGACGAAGUGAAGUAACGUUAGACCCGCCGGACUGAGGAUUGCGAAGGACUGCAGACACACGCAGGCGAUGAUAAGAGCAGAAUGCAGACGAGAGACCUCAUAACGGGUGCCUGCAGAGGUGAAGAAUGACAUCACCCAGAUGAGAGGCAUGGAGCUGAAGGUAUGGGUGGACGGAGUACAGCGCAUCGUCUGCGGGGUCACAGAGGUCACCACAUGUCAAGAGGUUGUGAUCGCUUUGGCCCAAGCAAUAGGACGCACCGGUCGCUACACGCUGAUAGAAAAAUGGCGUGAGACGGAGAGGCAUCUGGCGCCACAUGAAAAUCCCGUGGUGUCGCUUAAUAAGUGGGGCCAGUAUGCUAGUGAUGUGCAGCUGGUGCUUCAGCGUACAGGCCCGUCUCUGAGCGAACGGCCCACCUCGGACACCUCCGCAAGGGCUCCUGAGCGCAGCCUGUACCGCCAGAGUCUCCCUCCCAUGGCGAAGCUCCGCCCUACGGCCAACGACCGAUCCCUUAAGCGGCGUGAACCUAAACGCAAGUCGCUUACUUUCACCGGCGGUGCCAAGGGCCUGCGUGACAUAUUCGGAAAGAGUCGGGAUGGCGAUGCCAAGCAGCGAACAGCGACUGGAAACCGCAGCGGUACCCCGGCACCUACGCAGGAGCUCUCCCGCCUGGUGCAGCUGCAGAAAGACAAGCUGCACGUCCUAGAGCAGAAACUUCAGCGCUGCGAGACCGAGUUGCAGCAGCAGCUGACGGAGGAGGAAGAGGAGGAGCUGGUCCUACUGGAGCAACAGGUCUGCAGGAAUGAAGCCGAGAUGCAGGAGCAGGAAUUCUGGGAGAAUGAGCUGCAGAUCGAGCAGGAGAACGAGAGGCAACUGCACGAGCAGCUGCAGGAACUGCGCAGCCGCGUGCAGGACUGCGAGGAGCAGCUGGGAGAAUACCUGGCACGUAUUCAGUGCAUGGAGGCGGGGCUGGAAGCAGAGCGUCUGCAGCAAGAGCUGAUGGAGACGCGGCUGGCGGAUGAAAUGGAGGUGCGAUCGCGGCUCGAAAGCGUUCGUGCUGAGCUCGAGAUGCAGAUGCAGCAGGGUGCCAGGUUGGAGAACAGCUGCAGAGCUGUGGAGCUUUCGCUCGGGCAGUCAAACAUUAGACUACAGGAGAGAGAGCAGGAGCUGGAACAGUUAACCAAGGAGCUGAGACAGGUGAACCUUCAACAGUUUAUCCAACAGACUGGCACCAAAGUAACAGUGCUGCCAGCAGACCCUGCUGAGGAAGAAACUAACACAGAGAAUGACACCCCGCCUGGAUCUCUGAAGCGGCUUGGAUCAGCCCGACAGCUUCCCGCUGACCUACGAGCUCUGAAGAGUCAACUAAACACAACCUUUAACCCGGAAGGAAUCUACGUCUGAUUUCCAACCGGGCUUUACCAUUUUAUCCAAAUCCAUUAUGCUGUUUCUCUCACGUGACCAGACCAUGAAGAUUUCUUUCUGUGAUCAUAUUUCCUGGAGGCAGAGGAAAUCAUUUCAUUUUACAGAAAUUAUCAAAGUUUCCUUUUUCUUGAUGGCUGGACGUUCAAAUGAUCCUACCCUAUCAGGGCUUUUCAAACCCUAGACAUCUCCGAAUGAAUGUACGCUAACUUGCAUUGGACCCAAAGCUUUGGAAGGCCUCAUACAUUUCCUGAACAUGGCACUUGCCAAACUAAAACAGAAAAGAGACUAAACAUGCUGCCUCAGCCUAUACCCAUCAACCUUCUGGUGCAGGUCAGAAAAUACAGCAUCAUGAUGUCAUCAUUUCACGAAUGUUUAUGAAUCUCCAGGUAAACCUUACUCUCAAUGCGAUUAUGCAAGUAGCAGAGAAUAUAUAGGUAGCAAAAAGGAUGAUUAAUGAUGGCGUUGAUAUUUUAUGGCGCACAGUUGUGAUGAAUGCUUAUAGAAAGGGUGGAGUUUCGCCUUAGUUUGCACUUUAUUGGCCAAAACACCUGCUGUGGAUUUUUACUGAACUCUAAAGAGCUGAAGAAUCGUUUUCUGUGUUUGAUCAUAGUAAUGAGAAGAGGAGGUGCAUGUGAUAUGCAAAUAAAAAAACACUGCGAGAGUAAGAGAGAUGUUUUUGCAUGAAAACAGCUUGUAGCAAGCAAAUUUUCUUACAUUCUGAAAAUGUAGCAACUUUUUGCUGAAAAGCUUAAUGUAAAAAGCAUUCUUUAAAAUUAUGCAGGUACACAUGUAGUUACGCACACGUCUAAUUACCAGUCUUUGUUUUGCUGGGGCUUUCUGAGAAUCCUUUCUUGGCCAAUAAAUGCAAAUUAUUUCUGGUGCAGAAUAUUUACUUUUAGUUUUAUAUAGCUGAUCUCUCUGAAAUGUAAUUUGUCUAGAGAUGUCAUUUUUUACUUACUAACAAAAUCACUCACAGUUGUUAUCGUUUCUUUGAUAAAAGCUUAAGUUGUGUUUUAACCAUAUUUUAUUUCUGAUCAAACCAAAGUGUGGACAGCCAUGAAUUUCUGCAUGAAUGUUGAGUUUUGUAAGUGUGCGUGCAAAGGAAAGCAGCUCCAAAAUGUUGAUGAUGUUAUUUUUUUAAUGCUUGACUGUAGUUGGAAUUGCAUCCCUUAAAGGGAUACUUUACCCAAAAAGGAAAAUUCUGUCUUCUUUUACUCUCUCUCUCUCUCUCGUGUUAUACACAAACUUGUAUUUCUUAAACACAAAGGAAGAUAUUUUGAAACCAAACCAAUCAGAGGCCCUACAGACUUCCCUAUUAUUUUUUCCUAUUAAGGAAGUCAAUACUCUAAUCUAUUUGGUUACAAACAUUCCUCAAAAUAUCUUCCUAAUAAAUAAAUAAAUAAAUACAGGUUUAUGUAUAACACGAGCGUGAGUACAUGAUGACAGAAUUUUCAUUUUUGGGUGAACUAUCCCUUUAAACACACACACACACACACACACACACACACACACACACACACACACACACACACACACACACACACACACACACACACACACACACACACACACACACAGCAGAAUGACUCCAUUAGCUUUUACAUUUACGGUGGACAUAAGCCAGAAGCUCUUGAAGAAGUACUGGAAGUGAAGAUUUGUGAUUGUAGUUUCUGGAUUUAGAUUGAUAUUUUUGUAAACUUAUUUUUUUAACAUUACUUUUCAAAAGGCAGUAUUAUAAAGUGAUCAUUUAAAGAGACACUCCACUUUUUUGAAAAUA